AGCAAGGCCUGAAAAUGAUUAAAUAGGAAGUCUACCUAGUAGUGAGUUAGUAUGUAGGUCACUCGGAAAGUAAUGCCUCCCAUUUAUUAACAAGGAAACUACAACUGAUACGAGGCACACAAUAGCACUCAUUGAUAGAACAAAUUCUCAGCUACGACAACAAGAUUUUUCAACAUAGUCACCACCAUUAGCUAUGUAUUUUGCCAGUGAUGAACAAGAGCCUGCAUGCUGAACACUUAAAAUCUGCACCAGCAGAGGUGAACCACUGUCACUGUUCCCACUGGAGAAACACAUGACCCACCUCCCCACUGAGCUAACACACACAGUUUGGUCUCCAUAAAUGUUCUACAAGUCUUGAUGAGUGUCAAUAGUUGCAAUUUUUUCCUCACGGAGGAAUUCAAUUACAUAUCUUUGCUUCAAAUGCACUUUGAGGUCGAAUGGCAUUUUUGUCAAAGCAGUGGCCGGAGGUUGGUGGCUGCCCCGGGAUGCACGCCAUGGUGUGGACACCCUGGUGCUGGUGGCUGAGCAGCAAAUCUGUGCUAUCCAUCAUUAUCUAUGAGGAGUACCUGAAGUAGAGAGCUCAGCAAUAUAAGAACUAAUUUCUUUGACUACAUUUCAUACUCCCUCUGUGUAAUACUAGAAGAAUAUCCCAGCUCACAUUUAGACCUAGGGUGAUUCAGCAGAUUUUCACAGAGCACAUUGACUUUGCCUGCAUGUGAUGCCUACAACAUUACUAACCAGGCAGAUUAGACAGGAGGACAGGGCAAGGGAGUUCAUACAGCAUGAACUCCCUUCAUAGAGUUCAUGUCUCUUUGGAGUCAGCACAGUUAUCAAAAGACAACAGUUAGCACUUUGCCCUCCUGAUACCACUCUCCUUUCACCACAUUCUACUAUCACUAGUAGCAAUCAUUUCCCCAGGUCAAAUCCAGGGUAAUGUCUCUGACAGAAAGAACAAACCACUUCUAUGUCCAAGAAUGAGAUUCAGCAGAAGAAAAUGUCCUGCAGGAACAUCCCCUGCCUCCAUAGGAAGGGAAUGAAACUGAUGAAGGAUUCAUGCUGAAAUAGUUGAUAAAAAGUGCAUGAAAAGGUACAAAACGAGGCACAGAGGCACAGUGCUCCUAAAUGAUGGUGACCUCUCACAAGUGUUACAUAUGUGCACCGUCAGCAUUAGUCAGGAAUUCUGUUCCUGUAGGUGAGAAGUCAUCAAAACUAAACAUUUUAAUUGAUUAAGAAAUAGUAUUUCCCAAGAGCGGAGAAGUGUCUGCAAUUUGCUUUGUAGGAGGGGCUAAAAGCUCUAUAACCUGAGGGCAAAGCUGCUGAGAGCUCAGAGUGAGUUCCAGUCUGCAAGUUCUUCUUUAUUCUAGAUAGCGGGAAAUCUGAUACGUGGAAACAUGUCUGGGAAACCAGUUCUGCACUAUCCCAAUUCACGAGGCCGAAUGGAAUCAGUACGGUGGCUACUAGCAGCUGCUGGAGUUGAGUUUGAAGAAAGAUUUCUGAAAACAAAGGAGGAUCUCCAAAAGUUAAGGACCGAUGGAUCCCUGCUGUUCCAGCAAGUGCCCAUGGUGGAGAUCGAUGGGAUGAAGAUGGUGCAGACCAGAGCCAUCCUCAACUACAUAGCAGGGAAAUACAAUCUCUACGGGAAAGACCUGAAGGAGAGAGCCCUAAUUGACAUGUAUGUGGAAGGAAUGGCAGAUCUGAAUGAAUUAAUCAUGAUGAAUGUUGUCCAACCAGCAGAUAAAAAGGAGGAACAUCUUGCUAAUGCUUUGGACAAGGCCACAAACAGAUACUUCCCAGUCUUUGAGAAGGUAUGUGGCAAAGAUUUAGCAGCAUAAUUAAUAUUGUUUUCCUGAAACACCAGCCCUGAUUUACACAAACAUUUUUUUAUCCAGGAAAACAGGAAGGAAAAAUUAGCACAUACAUUGAAAUGCUUAGGUUUUGGUGGGAGUGGGAUGAGGUUGGAGGCAGGAUACCACAGAGGGGAGAGAAGACAGUACAAGUCGAGGAGAUAUGCAGAGCUGCAACAACCCAGGACACACUGAGUUGCACAGAUGUCCACGUUUCAGUCUGGAUGUUGUUUCAGACAAAAGCCACAA